GAGAGAGAGAGAAGAGGAGAGGGGGAAAGGAGGAGGAAUAGGACAGCCAUUACCAUUCAGGAUCACGUUGCCUGCUGUUCUUCCCAGCCUCAUCUCAUCUCCCGGCUGUGUGCUGCCUUCUUUCUCUUUUUUUUGGUUUUUGGGGAGGAAGCGUGGUCACAGAAACCCGAUCGGUGGAGCGGAUAUCACCCACUCCAUUCGUCCAUCCAUCCGUCGCUCCUUCCACCAGGAGGAGAGGGAGCAGCGACGGGCAGCAUCCCCGGCCUCCCUCGCUCUGUGCUCGGAUUGCAGGACCGCUGCUGCCCGGUGGAAGCCCUGAAGUGAGAUGGAGUCUUCAGACGAUGAUACUCUGAGCGAGCGCUCCUGCGUCAGCGAGCCGUCCUUCCGCAGCGAGCGUUCGGGGGGGUCGUUGUCCCCGUGCACCUCUGCACUUGUGGGGCCUCCAGGAGACACGUUGCCAUGGAACCUGUCCAAGCACGAGAGGAGGAAGAGGAAGAGCCAGGACUCUGUGCUGGACCCCGCGGAGAGAGCGAUCGUUCGUGUUGCAGAUGAGCGGGACAGAGUGCAGAAGAAAACCUUCACAAAAUGGGUCAACAAACAUCUCAUCAAGGUGAGGAAGCACAUCACAGACCUGUACGAGGACCUGAGGGAUGGACACAACCUGAUAUCCUUGCUGGAGGUCCUCUCUGGUGUCACCCUGCCGAGAGAAAAAGGGCGGAUGAGAUUUCAUCGACUACAGAAUGUCCAAAUAGCGCUGGACUUCCUCAAACAGAGACAGGUCAAACUUGUAAACAUCAGGAAUGAUGACAUCACAGACGGCAACCCCAAACUGACAUUAGGUCUCAUCUGGACCAUCAUCCUUCACUUCCAGAUUUCAGAGAUCUAUGUGAGCGGCGAAUCAGGCGACCUCACAGCCAAAGAGAAACUGUUGUUAUGGAGCCAGCAGGCGAUAGAAGGCUACCCCGGCCUCCGCUGUGUCAACUUCACCUCAUCCUGGAGCAACGGACAUAUGUUCAACGCUCUGCUGCACAGAUACAGGCCAGACCUGAUCGACAUGGAGAUGGUGUCACAUCAAAGCAACCGCGACAACCUUGAGCAGGCCUUCGAGAUCGCCGAAUCACUAGGGGUGACCAGACUGCUGGAUGCUGAGGACGUUGAUGUUCCAUCUCCAGAUGAGAAGUCUGUCAUCACCUACGUCUCCUCCAUCUAUGAUGCCUUCCCCAAAAUCCCAGAGGGAGGAGAGGGCAUCGCCGCACAGGAGGUGGACCAGCGCUGGUCAGAGUAUCAGUCCAGAUUCACCUCUUUGCUCCAGUGGAGCCGCCAGCAUACGGCCCUCAUGGCCAACAAGAACUUCCCUCAAAAUCCUGUGGAACUCAAGGCACUUUACAAUGAGUACGUCCAUUUCAAAGAGACGGAGAUCCCUGCGAAGGAGAUGGAGAAAAGUCACGUCCAACACCUCUAUAAACUGUUUGAGGUGUGGAUAGAGUUUGGUCGUAUUAAGCUUCCUCAGGGCCUCCAUCCCAAUGACCUGGAGGAGGAUUGGGGCAAACUAAUCCUGGAGAUGCUGGAGAGAGAGAAGGCUCUACGGCCUGCGGUGGAGAGGCUAGAGCUGCUGCUUCAGAGAGCCAAUAAGUUCCAAAACAUGGCUCUGGACUGUGAGGAGAAACUCACCCUCGCUAGGAACACGUUACAAGCUGACAUGUCUCGAGUGGAGAGCGGCGAGGCGGUGCAGUGUGAGAGAGAACUGGCCUGCUACCUGCAGGACUGCGAGACUCUGAUCAGACAGCUCAACCAGGAGCUCAAAGUCCUCCGAGACGAGAAAUACUACCAGGUGGAGCAGCUGGCGUUCAGAGUGUCAUGCCUUCAAGAGGAGCUGGUCUCCCUCAGACUGCAGUGCUCCAGCGUCUACAGGAAAGGCCACUUCACGCAGACCCUGGGGAGCGCCGUGACAGAACAGACCAGCCAGCGAGCCACUGACAGCGGCCUGUCGCUGGGGCAGACCUUGCUGGGAGCUGUCGGUGCCGUGGGAGCUGUCGGUGCCGCUCUCCUGCGGCGGCCCAUGGCACGCUCUCAGCUUGUGGCCAUGUCUUCAUCAGAGGACGAAGGCAGCCUGAGGUUUAUCUAUGAGCUGCUCGGAUGGGUGGAGGAGACACAGGAGCUGUUGGAGCGUGCUGAAUGGGGAGCAGAUCUUCCCUCUGUAGAAAACAACCUCCAAGAGCACAACAACAUACACACUGCAGUCGAGGAGCUAAUGAGCAGUCUGCAGGAAGCACGCAACUACGAGGCGAGAGUCUCUCCAAACUUUAGGAGCAAUUACUCUGAAACCCUGGCCAAGCUGGAGCACCAAUACUGCAAACUACUGGAACAUUCGUCAUGGCGCCUGCGGAGCUUGGAGAGCCUGCACUCAUUUGUGUCGCACUGCACUGAGGAGCUGAUCUGGCUCAACGAGAGGGAGGAGGAGGAGAUCGCCUUCGACUGGAGUGACAACAACACCAACAUAAACGCCAAGAGAGAACUAUACAGUGAAAUGAGGUUAGAGCUGGAUGAGAAACAAGAUGUGAUGCUAUCACUCCAGGAAACAGCCAGCCGUCUGUGUCAGGAGAACCAUCCGGCCAAACAGACUGUAGAGGCGUACAGUGCAGCAUUACAGACUCAGUGGCAGUGGGUGGACCAGCUGUGUGUGUGUGUGGAGCAGCAUCUCAAAGACAACACAGCCUACUUCCAGUUUAUGAGUGAUGCUCGAGACUGUGAGUCGUACCUGCGCCAGCUUCAGGAAACCAUCAAGAGACAGUACACCUGUGACAAGAACAGCAGACUGAGCAAACUGGAAGACCUGCUGCAGGACUCAAUGGAGGAGAAGGAGCAGCUGAUCGAGUACCGGAGUACGGUGGCGAGCCUGGUGGGUCGGGCCAAGACGGUGGUGCAGCUCCGCCCCCGCAGCGCCGAGAGCACCCUGGCAACAACAACGCCCAUCAAAGCCGUCUGCGACUACAGACAAAUAGAGAUCACGAUAACCCGAGGUGAGGAGUGUGUGCUGGAGGACAACUCUCAGAGGACCAAGUGGAAAGUGAUCAGUCCCUCAGGCAACGAGGCCAUGGUCCCCUCGGUGUGUUUCACCGUCCCGCCUCCAAACCAGGAGGCCAUUGAAACAGCCAGCAGGACGGAGCAGUUGUACCAGAAGGUCAUGUCUCUGUGGCAUCAGCUCCAUGUGAACAUGAAGAGUGUGGUCUCCUGGCACUACCUGCUCAAAGACAUCAGGACCGUCUCCGGAUGGAACCUGGACACGGUUCGCGGUCAGUCUCCAUCAGAGCGACAGCAGGUCCUGGAUCACCUCGAGUCCCAUUUGGCCGACUUCCUGUCUGACAGCAAAGAGAGCGCUCUUUUCACGCCGGCCGAAAGGCGAGAGCUGGAGACGGACGUGCAGCAGGCCCAGCAGAACUGCCAGGACCUGCUGCUCAAUAUGGAGACCGUGGAGAAGGACGAGUCAGUCUCUCGCUCGUACCUGUCGGAGCUGCAGAACAUCACGCUGCGUCUAAAUGAGGCUGAGAAGAGACUGAUGAGUGGAAUUCAGACUCCGCCUCCCAGCCGGCUGUCAACUGAUAACCUGGACAACACGGUCCAGAUCGCAGGGCAGCAGAAGCUGCUGUCAGAGCUGGACACCCUGCGCUCCAGUUUGGGUGACGUAUCUCGCCGCUGCGUCAGUUUCUUCGAAGAGAAGCCGUCGUCCUCCAGCGUUCCCGUCCUGCGGUCCGAACUCAAUCACGCUGUGGAGAAGAUAGACAAACUGCACAACCUCUCGUCUGUCUUCCUAGAAAAAUUAAAAACAAUAGACGUCCUGAUGCACAUCCUGGAGGAAGCAGAGAGCCAGGUCAAGAAAUAUGAGAGCAGGCUAAGUGAAGAAGACCUCGUUCCUGCUGAUACUACAGCUAUUCAAAACCUCAGAGAUCAACUAGGGAAGUGGCAGGCUGAGGUUGCCGAGCAAGAGGGCACCUUCCAGUCGUUGCAGUCGGAGGUCGUUCGGGCCACAGAAGCUGGGUCUCAGCUCAGCAAGCUUCACCCGGACCGCAGCCCCGAGCUGGAUCGCUACCAGGAGAGAGCCAAUCAGAUGGCAGAACGGUGGAACGCAGUGAAGAAACAGAUGGACACACGGCGGACAGAUUUGGAGGCUCUGGGCUCAGUUCUGCAGCAGUACAGAGACGGCCAUUCUGCUCUGAUCAACUGGAUCGAAGAGACGACAGAGAGACAAGAAAACACACACCCUGGCCAGGCAGACAGCAAAGCACUGUCUGAACAACUGGCCCAGCAGACAGCAUUAGUAGCUGAGAUUGAAAAGAACCAGACCAAACUGGAUGAGUGCCAGACUCACUCCAAACAAUACAGCACUUCAGUAAAGGACUUUGAACUACAGCUGAUGACCUACAGAGCCUUCGUAGAGUCUACACACAAGUCGCCUGUCAAGAGGAGGAGGAUGCCCUCUUCCUCUGACGCCAUCACUCAGGAGUUUAUGGACUUGCGCACCCGCUACACAGCUUUGGUCACCCUGACAACCCAACAUGUAAAAUACAUCAGUGAUGCACUAAGAAGACUAGAGGAAGAAGAGAAAGAGGUAGAGGAAGAGAAGCAGGCUAGAGUGGGCCAGGUUUCAGACCUGCUGGGCUGGGUCAAAGGUCUCCAGGGACGCGCUGGGGGCCCCAACGCUGAGUCUUCACUUGCUGCUCAACAGGCGAUCAGUGAACAACUAGCAGCCAAGAAAGAUGAAGUGGCUGAAGCCAUCAGGAGCACACAGGCCUUCCUGCUGUCUAAACAGGCUAGCAAGUUGUCCCCAGAGGAGCGCGCUCAAGUGGAGGCCCAGCUGAACGAGCUAAAGGCCACCUACAGCCAGCUGUGUGAUAGCUCCACCCAGCAGCUGCACCAGCUGGAGGAGCAACUGGCCAAAGAGGAGGAAAGAAAGAGCCAAAUUGCCAUUGCUGGAGUAAUCGACCUGGGAACAGUGGAAACGUUCCCAGUGUUCCAAGCAGCCAAACGGGGUCUUAUUGACCAGGACACCUGCCAUGUGCUACUGGAGGCCCAGCUCGUUCUCACGGGUGGGCUCGUCCAGCCUGGUGCUCCUCUCAGUCUUUCACUGGAACAAGGUCUGGCUCAAGGCCUAAUUGACACCCGUGCCAAGCAGUGUCUCUCUGAGCUAGAGAGUGCUAUGCUGCUGGUGGAAAAUACUAAGUCUACAGGUGACCAACAACAAAAUGCGUUGCCAGUAGCUACAGCCAUGGAGUUUGGGCUCAUCAGAGAGGAGGUGGGACUUCGUAUUCUUGAACUCGAACUGAACACUGGAGGGCUUAGAGACUCCACCGGAAAAUUGAUGAGUUUGGAGCAAGCAGAAGACAUGAAACUUCUGCCUCGCCAAACCCUCAUGAAACUGCAUUCAAGGCUGCAACAUAGAGAGCUCAUCAAUCCAAACACAGCUGAAAAAUUAAACCUAAAUGAGCUACAACAGUGCUGUGUCCUUGACGACGACUCGGGUCUUCUUCUCUUCCCAGUUAAACAGCAACCUGGAGGAACCGUCUGCCUCCGCUCCGGAAGAAAAGUUGGCAUCUUCCGUGCAGUCCAGGAAGGGCUUAUUGAUCGCAAAGUUACUGUACGACUUCUGGAGGCACAGCUCUUUGCCGGUGGUAUUGCUGACCCACGGUCUGGCCACCGGCUGACAAUUGAUGAGGCUGUUCGUCAUGGACUUAUGGACCAGGAUUUAGCCUGUGCCAUGUUAGCACGACAGCUGCAAAAUGGGGGAAUUCUAGACCCUUGCAGUGGAGAACGCCUGGAUUUGGAGGAGAGUAUUCGCAGGGAUCUUCUCUCCCCUCGUUUGGCUCUGUUGGUAAUUGAGUCUCUCUGGACUUUCAUGGGAAUGCUCUUUCCUGAAUCUGGAGAACUCCUGCCUAUUGCGGAGGCUCUUCAACAAGGAGUGAUCUCGGGAGAGCUCGCAAAUAACAUCCUAAGGCAGCGACAUGCCAUUGGGGCUCUGUACGAACCAGAAACCCUCCAGGUACUACCCCUGAACCAAACCACUGAAGAGAUUGAGCCCAGUGUAGUCAAUUCUCUCAAAGAUAUCUACAUCCCAGAUGUACUCCCCAACAUGAACCAGUCAGGUACCCCAUCUCUGAACCGCUUGAGUUGGGGUUCUUCCAGCUCCUCUCCACCUCCAUCCUCUCCACCUCCUUCAUCAUCUCCCACAGGUAUUGUGUGGGAUACCACACCAAUAGAUGCAAUGAAUCCUGAAGAGCAAGCAAAACACAAACUGCUGUUUCACCUCAUGACUCACAGCUAUGUGGAUGCUCAUUCUGGAAAACGGUUGGUGCUGCUAGACUCUGAGCUGGUAGAGUUGGUCAAAGCUGCUGAACUGGUUGCUGGAGACUCUGUACAUGGAGCUCAAGUUGAGCCUCUAAGCAGUUUGGCCACAGAUGAGGAGGAGAAGAUGCAGAUAGUGAGCGACUUAAGGUUGACAGAUGAAGGGGUUAGUGAUAAACAAACUGAGGUUGAACCAGUCAAGAACCAAGUCACACCAAGCAACGAUUUAGAGAUCAGUGAUAGAGAAGGAAGGUAUGAUGGAGAAAAUGACAACGAAAUGCAGCACAAACCAUCAGUAAUUGUAGAGACUGAUUUAGCCCCUACAGCUAGAGAGAGUUUAGAUAAAGAUGCAAAAGUAAAAGAUGAAACCAAAGAAAAAUUAAAUCUUGAAACUUCAAUGGUUUCAGCUAAAGAGGAAUUGAUAAAAGGCCCAGAUGUGCAGGUUAUAACUGAACCCACACCCAGUGAAAGUGGUCAUCAGGAGACUGCAACAGUAGAUACAAAAACAGCCAGAGCACCACACAAAUCAGAGGAAGAUGUUACAAUGUUGAAAGAAUUCAUUCCAGUCGAAGCAAAAACAAAUGUUGAUAUUGAUUCAACACAAUCUGAAGAUAAGAGCGAUAUAGAUCAUUCCCAGACUGAAUCAGAAAUGAUCAAACAAAAGGUGUCUAUAACAGAGACUGACUCAAAGCAUGCUAAAUCUCAGGUUGAUAUCCUUGAGUCAGGAGCAGAGAAGGAAGAGGAAGAGGCUGAAUUGGCAAAGUUAGUCGUAGAGCUCAAACAGGGAGGUCUAAUGACAGAAGAUGGGGAGAAGCUGCUUCCAGAUGAAGCAGUAGCUCAGGGUGUCCUCCCUGGCCACACUGCCGUCAAAUUAAUGGCUCAGGCAGGCCUGUUUGGAGGGUUCCUAGAUGCCAGCAGUGGUGAAUCACUUAGCAUGAAGGAUGUAAUGCAAGAGGGUUUACUAGAUGAAGAUCUGAUGUGGGGUGUUCUUAAGUCAGAUAAAACCCUUGCGGGGGUUGUGGAUGUAGAGAAAAAGCAGAUCUGUGGGGUGAAGGAGGCAGCUGAGGCAGGUUUGAUUGACUCCGACACCGCUGCUCGACUUCUAGAGGCCCAGGUGGUGUCUGGGGGGAUCGUUGACAUACGUAGGGAUAAGAAAGUCUCUGUCACUCUGGCAUCAAACCUAGGAUUGAUAGAGGAGAAUCAAAGAGAAGGACUGGUGGCGCUAGAGAAGGCAUACAAAGGAAAGGAUACAGAUCCAGAAGCAGCCCUCACUAAAGCCAGUUUACAGCUACAGAUGGAAGGUGUUAUUGACCCAGAGUCUAAGUCUCCGGUACCUCUGGAGCAAGCAAUUCAGAAGGGCUUAAUAAGCCCAGACGAGGCAUAUCAGGUGCUGACAAGGCAGGUGGCCGAAGGUGGUAUAAUACACCAUGCUUCAGGAAUGAGACUGUCAGUUUCUGAUGCUGUAGAUAGAGGAUUAGUAGAUCGCUCCAUUGCUCCUGGCCUGGAAGAACUAGAAUGGGUCUACCAAGGAAAAGUCAGCCCUUCAUCACACCCAGAGGCAGUCACUCUCCAGGCAUCAACAGGAGCCAUUUUUGACCCUGACUCCGGAUGUAAACUGACAUUGACAGAAGCAGUUUCUAAGGGCCUCUUAGCUGAGAAUAUUGCCAGUGAAGCCAUGACUUCUCUUACAGUAGCACAAGGAGUGAUCGAUCCCCAAACUGCACGAAUCGUUCCUUAUUCACAGCUUGUAAGCCAGGGUAAAAUAGAUAUUGAAACAGGUCAACGUUUCUUGGAGGUGAAACCUUUCAGAGGUGUUCAGGAUGAGCAAACAAGAGACAGCUUGACCCUUCCUGAGGCAGUUGCUUCUAAUCAAGUUGACCCAGUUCCAGCAAUGAGGUUGCUCCAAAGCCAGGCAGACAGUGGAGGGAUUAUUGAUAUCACCAGUGGAGAAAGGCUCCCUCUACCUGAAGCCUCUAAAAGAGGUUUAGUUGGUGAGGAUAUGGCCAAGGUAAUAGCCACCAACCAGCUUGUGAAAGGGGGCUUAGUUGAUCCUGCCACUGGACAACGAGUCUCUAGUGUCAAUGAUGCCAUUGCAAUAGGACUGAUAUCCAGUGACAUGGCUUCAGAGAUUCAGGAGAAAUUGCCUUCCUUGGAGAUACAGGGUGAUGAAGAUAGUUUAACACCUGUUGUCUCAUCACUUGGUACAUACAGCUCUUCUGUUACAUUGCCAGUGUCGAGCCUUGACAGUUCAACAAACUGGUCAGAUGUGAGCAUUGAUGCAUCAUCAAGAUCUCCACUUUCAGAGGAGGGUUUGGUAAUUACACAGGAUGACGGAAAGACUUUGACCUCCGUAGUUUCAGAUCAGUCACUGUUUUAUGACACUACCACAGAGGAGGAUAAAGUAGAAGCGCCGGUGUCAGUUGAAGAAAAGGAUGUAUUUGAGCCAGACCAAUCCCUAGACCUCUUGUGCAAGUUUGCUACUAAUGUUGAGAAAAGAAUUCAGCAAAGUAUAGAGGCGAUAGUACCGCAAAAGUCCGAACAUCUUCCUGAACAGAAGCCUGAUGAGAGACUGCAGAUAGAUGAGAGUAGCACUGAUGAUGAACACAAAGAUCGCAUUUCAAGAGAUUCUGUUGAAGAAUUAAUUCAAGCACCUGUCUACGAUACUGACAAAGAUAAGAAGGAAGAGGUAAGAGAAAGGGAAGAAACUGUAAAGUCAGAUGGAGAACCUGUAAAGGUUGGGGAAGAAGGGUAUAUGUCCAGUGGUGAAAGCACAUCAUUGGUACAUCAUGCUGUUGAAUUUGAUGAACCCCCAACAGGUACCAUGACAGCAGAGAUUAGAGAUGACAAACAAGUCACAGAACAGUCAAAGUUGGGAGAGGAGGAAUAUAGAAAGAGUGAUGUCGCAUCAAAGAUGGAUGAUGGUGAGGGAAAGAGAGAAGAGGAAGAGAAACCUUCACAGAUUGAGAUUAAGGCUAGUGCUGAAGUUGAGCAGACAGAUCAAUUAGGGACUUCUUCAGCCAAGGAGACGGAAAGUAAAAGCAAGAAAAAGAGAAAGAAUAAAAAGAAGGCAAAGGGUAAAGAGGCAGAAAGUGAAACACAGCCUCCAGAGAUAAAACAUCCUUCUGAAAUUGAUCAAGGUGGUGCAGAAAUUGAAGGGCAGCCUGAGGCUACUGAUACAUUACAAAAAUCACAGAUUCAUGAUCAGGCAGCUUCUGUUGAGCCCCCCAAAGAAGACACCAGUAAAGCAAAGAUUGAUGAAAAAAUUGAGGCUGAAAAUGAUUUGGUAAAACAAGAAACAGAAGCAGGUCAACUUAAAAUUAAAUUCACAGAACAGCCAGAGAAGGAUGCAAUGCAGAAACAUACAGAAAAGGGUGAUAAGAGAGAGGAGAAGAAAUGGGAGAAUCAGAGAGAGGAAGUUGAAGAAAAGGAUUCUGUCUCUCAGCAACCAGAGCAAUCAGACAGCAGUCAGGAGCAAGAAUUGCCUCAGAAAUCUUCUCUACCAGAUGACGAGAAAGCAGCAUUGAUACUGAAAGCCAAAGAAAGCAUACUUAAAAAGGUGUUUGAAAAAGGAGUGAGUGAGCAGCAGGCUGCUGAGGAGCUGCAGGCACUGCGCAAAGAAGUGGGGAAGAAGAAGAUUCACGGCAUAACUGCUGAAGAUGAAAAGGUAGAAACUUUGCCAGCUGAGGAUGAUGAAGUGGAGAGUCAUGAUGUCAAAGAUGAUAGUAUCAAAGGUCCCAAUGGUUCACCAAAAGAGAGUGAGAAAGAGACAAGUGUCAAAGAAGAAGUCUCUUCAAAUGAGAGUGAAAAGGACAGGAUUUCUGAAAAGGAAAACGUACAAAAGGAUGUUGAGACUGCUCCAUCGGUCCAGCCUAAAGAAACCCAGCAAGGUAAAAGAAGUAAGAAAAAGAAAUCUAAGAGUUCAAAAGCGACAGACAAAGCUCAGCCUGAUACCGACAAGCUGCUCACUGACGAAAAAGUGGAUCCUGAAGUGAUGACAACAAAAAUCAGCACAGAAUCUACAACACCAAAACCUGAUUUAGAUAGCUCAGCUGAGACUGAUGGUCAGUCAACCAGUGAAGUAAUCAAACCUUCAGUUGGUGAAGAGGAAACCCAAAUGGAGACCUCUGCAAUUAAAGUUAAUGGAACCAACACUCAACAACGUCAAUCAGAAGAGUCCCAGGAGUCCCAUCCAGAAAUCAGAGAUGCUCCAGAUUCCACUGAGUAUUCCCAUGAGACUCAAGCUGCAGCUCAGUCUUUGCUUCCUGUCAGCCAACCAGAAAAAACAACAGAGAAAUUAAAGAAGAAGAAGAAGAAGAAGAAGACAGAGUCCCAAUCACCUGAAGUUGAAAGUACAAAUGUUCCUGAAUCAAAAUCUUUGAAGGAACAACAGCAACAUCUCAAGCCUGCAGAAUCAGCAGAAACGUUCCUGUCAGGAGAUGCUUCAACUGAGUCUGAAUCAGCUGGGGUCCCUGAGUCUGAUACAGCCACUGAGGAAGAGGAUGAUGUCAGAGAGAUUGGAAAAACUGUGUCCAGCAAACAGGGAAAGACAGUUAAGACUGGCAAGUCAUCAUUAAUCCGUCAGGAAUGUUUGGAGCAUGACCAGCGAACCGUAGCUCUGCUCUCCAUGGUCAGGCAUAUUGAGGUCCGACUCAAACAGCAGCAGCAGCAGUCUGUUGGCCGCAGCCUCAUCGCCCUGGAUGACAUCAUCAAACAGACUGAGAUUCUGGACCUUGAACUGCAAGACUUGGAGUCUGAGAUCAACAAGGAGGUGGAGGCUGCUGAGCAGCUGUUGAAGCCCCAACCCAAAGAUGUUCCUCCACAGCUCCUAUUGGCCCUAGAAAAGGACGGCCGUAGCUUGGCUCGAGGGUACGAAGCUGCCAGAGCACUCUCUGAGGGCAUUCUGCAAAGCCUACGAGACCACAGAGACUCAUACAAGGAGGCAGUAACAGCUGAACAGAAGUCGUUGGGAGGACAAGUAGAGAACCUGCUCUCCUGGUUGAGGGAGACAGAGGCUCAGAUGAGUGGAGGAAUGGCAGGGAUGGAAAAAAUGGCAGAGAAAGAUGACAACCAUGAUCAGCUCACACAACAGCUGCAUCUUUGCAAGGAGCUCCAGUCUUCUCUCAUGUCACGCUCCAGUGAGGUCAACAAUGUGGCCUUUGACAUUCAGGUGUUCAUCUCAGAGCGGGCUCAGGACUUGGCCCCUGAGCAGAGCAGGCAGCUCCUGGGGCAGCUCCAGCAGCUGCAGAGGGCCUUCCACCAAGCGUCCGGCCAAGCUCAGGCCUGGGCCGAUGCCCUCUCCGCUCAGAAAGAGAGGGAGGAGGAGUGGCAGCGCAGGGAGAGGUUGAAAGAAGAGGAGAAGAACAGAGAAAUGCAGAGUGCAAGGGAGAGAGAGGUGGUCCAACAACAGAAAGCAGAGUGUUCUCAGAAACUCGAAGGCCUUAACAUGUGGUUGGCUGGAGCUGCCAGCUUACUUGCCAAUCAGAGAGCUGGAGGAGAGUCGGGUGAUAUGAACGUCCUGCAAGAGAAACAAAGGAAAUUGAAGGAUGUACAAAAGGACCUCCAGACCAAAAAGGAGGGCAUAGCUGAGGCCAUCCGCUCUGUGGAAGAUUUCCUGGCAGAGAAAGGAGAAAGUCUGAGCCCAGAGGAGAGAGAGAAACUCCAGGUGGCACUAACAAGAAUGAAGGAGCAGUACAGCGCUUUGACAGAUUCAACAAACACAUCGCUGUCAGAGCUGGACACGGCCAUCAACACUACUGUGCAGCAGAACACACAAAGGGCAAAAGCAGUCGAAGACAUCCAGGAGACACGAAGCCAAAUUGACUCUCUGCUGAAUGACUUGUCGUCUCUUAACCAACCUGCCAGUGGAGGAGUUACAUCUGGAGCAGAUAUUACUGAUGCAGCGUUCUCACAGCCAGGGGGCGCUGUGAAGUCACACACCGACAUGCUGCAGGCGGAGCUUCAACAACUCCAGUCUCAACAAGCACAGCUACUCCAGAUCACCCAAUCAACUCGCUCUCUUCUGGAACAACCUGACUCCACCGUUCCUCCUGAAGAGAAACAGCGUCUCCGAGCUGCCCUGGACCAGCUGCAGGCUCAGCACCAGGACAAGCUACAGAGCUGCCAGGACCGACUGAGGAAGGCUGAAUCACUGAAGGACGAGAUGACAAAGUUCCUCCAGGAACACGGAAAUCUGGGUGCCUGGCUGGAACAAAGUGAGCAGGAGCUCCGUUCCCUAGGGGAAGGAGAAACUGAUGCACAAGGACUGAAGGGCAGACUGGAGGAGCACAGAAAGCUUGCUGAGGAUGUGAUUUGCCACAAGGCGGAUCUGCGGUUUGUCUCCAUCUCCGGUCAGAAGGUUCUGGACUCCGUUCAAGGAGCUCUGGAGCAAGUUGGUGGUUCAGACCAGGCUCUGGAGAGCACUAAAGCGCUGGUAUCUGAAAAGCUACAAGAUGCCAACCACAGAUACACAACCCUACACACCAAGUCGACAGAGUUGAACAGUCGUUUGUCCGGCCUGUUGGAGAGAUACCAGCAGUACCAGGAUGAGGUCGUCUCUGUCCACUCCUGGCUAAGCACUCAGGAACAAAACCAAAGCAUAGCCAAGCCCAGUGGAGAGACCGACCCCCAGAACCUGCAGAACACACUACGACAAGUACAGCUGCUGCAGGAUGAGCUGGCUGAGCGUUCGGUGCAGCUGGAGAAGGUGAAGAGAGCUGGCAGAGAUCUGGUCAGCACAGAUGAAUCUCCUUCUCUGAAAGCUGUUGACAUCCUGUGUGCUGCAGAUGGUUUAGAGAAGAGGUUUGGUUCCCUCUCUGCAUCUGUCUCUGAGCGGGCGGAGCAGCUGCAGACAGCUGUGGCCCAAUCGGUCAGCGUCCAGGAGGGCUUGAAGGGUCUGCUGAGCUGGCUGGAUAAACUGAGUGUGAAACCAGGACCGGUUGAGCCCACUGCACAGGCUGUACAGGACGCCCUGACCCAGAACCAGAAAUUUCGUCAAGAGCUUCUCUCCAGGCAGGGCAGCGUGGAGGCAACUCGGGACUCUGUUUCCAAACUUCUUCAGAGCUCUGACGCAUCCACAGCCUCUGGCCUCCAGGGCUCACUAGACGAACUGACUCAACGCUAUGCUGCAGCGCAAGCCAGCCAGGCGGAAAGAGAAACUGAACUCAAAGGACUGUUGCCUAAGCUGGAGAGCUACGAACGUCUUGGGACGGACCUCCAGGUCUUCACCCAGAGCCAGCUGAAGGCUCUGAGCCCUGUCGGCCAGCCAGACCGCAGCGUGGAAGACUACAAGCAGACCAUUGAGGAGGUCCGGUCCGAGCUGGAGCAGGAAGCCGGCCAGCUUAAGUCCUUCUUCAACCUCGGCACUGAGCUCAGCCAGUCUAAAGCUUUCAAUAACACACAAAGCUUACUGGAUAAUGUCAAAGGGGUGUCCGACGAGUUCACCCAACUGGAGUCAAACGUCAACCAAAGGUUUGCUGCCGUUCAGGCCUGCGAGCAGCAGCUGCUCCAGUUCCGCAGCCUCUCUGGCUCCAUCCACAGGUGGCUCCAGACCGCACAGGACCAGCUGCCCUCCAAAGAGGUCAGCCUGAACAACGAAGGCCUGCAGAGAAGAGUCCAGCAGCUCAAGGACUUGUUGACUGACUGGGAGUCACAGGGAUCCAGAGUUCAGGAGCUGAACAAGAGUGGCUCGGAGCUGGAGUCCAUCAUCAUCGACAUCACCGCUCCGAAAACCAAAACUGGUGCUCCUCAAAUCAAUGGCUCAGCAGGUCCCAGCAGUGUCAAUGGCAUUCACACCUGUAAAGACCUGACAGAGCUUCAAGUGGCCGUAUCUGAUGUGAACGGUCGAUAUGACACGCUUGGUAAUGAGUUGAAGGAGCGACUCGACCGCCAGCAGGCCUCACUGGAGCUGAGGCAGAAGGCCAGGCAGGGCACAGAGGAGCUGAAGAGCUGGCUGACGGACAGGGAGCACAGCCUGAAACAGGGACAGACCGCCUCCCCCUCUAAACCAGAGGCGAUACGAGCCCAGGCCCAGGAGAACAAGGCGCUGCUCUCGGAGCUGACCGAGCACUCUGGGAAGGUGGACGAGCUGAAAAGCACACUGAGGAAGCUGAUUGCUGACAACCCCGACUCACCUGAGGCAGACACCUGGAGACAACAGCUCCAGGAGAUCGACUCCCGCUGGCAGACAGCCAAUCAGACUGCAGCCCAGAGGCAGACUGAAUUGGAGACGUGUGCCGAUAGGCUGGGUAGUUUUACCUCAGCGGCCAGUCAGUUGGGCCCGUGGCUGAGAGAGAAGGAGCUAAUGAUGAGUGUGCUGGGACCGCUGAGCAUCGACCCCAACAUGCUCAACACACAGAAACAACAAGUACAGUUCAUGCUGCGUGAGUUCGAGACCCGCAAGCCACAGUUUGACCAGCUGACCCAGUCCGCUGGGGGUAUCCUCUCCCAGACUGGUGACUCCGCCCAGGACGCUAAAGACCUGUCGGAGGUCAAGGCUGAGCUGGGCUCCAUCUCCCAGCAGUGGGAGGACCUAACAAACAGACUGUCCCAGAGAUCAAACCACAUCGACCAGGCCCAAGGAACCAGCGAACGGUAUCAGGCUUUGCUCAAAGAGCUCUCCUCAAGUGUUUCUGCUCUGGGUGAGAGGCUUGAUGCUCAGGCCUCACUGAGUGCACAGCCCGAGGCAUUAAAACGGCGCCUGCAGGAAACAGGAGAGAUCCGCUCAGAGCUGGAGAGACAGCGGACUGAGAUGGCGGAGGCUGAGAGGCUCUGCCAGGAGCUGAGCGCCAUCGUGGCUGAACCCUACCUGAAGGAAGAGCUCAGUAAACGACUGGAGAGCGUCAGCGGGCCGCUGAAGAGUUUAGAGGAGCGUGCAGCUGACGGUCUGUCUCAGCUACAAGCCGCCCUGUCGUCCACCCAGCAGUUCCAGCAGAUGUUUGAGGAGUUGCGCUCCUGGCUUGACAAGCAGGCGGAUCCCAGAGAAUCAUCCACGGACUCCCUGCCCUGCCAGCCGGAGGCCAUCCGCUCCCUGCUGGCACAGACGGAUGAGCUCCAGCGUGGGAUUGCCAGUCAGCGAGGUUCUUACGAGCUCAUUCAAGCUGAGGGAGCGUCGCUGCUUGCCACCCUCCCAGCAGGCGGAGAUGAGCGCUCUGCCCUGCAGUCCCGUCUGGCCUCCUUGCGGCAAGAUUGGGAAGGGCAGAACCAGAGAAUCUCAGAGCGUGAGGCCAGACUGAAGGCCACUCUUAGCAAAGCAGAAACCUACCAGCAGCACAAGGCCGAGCUGGUACCGUGGCUAGCGGAGUGUGAAGAGAAGGAUGGAGAGUUACAGCCAUCACUGGAUUCGUCGGCCCUUGAUGAAGCCUUACAAAAGGCUCGAGGUUUGUCACUGGACCUGGAGAGACGCCAACCCCUUCUGGAGGCCUUUAACACUGCAGCUGAUCAGCUGCUGGAGCAAUGCUGCAUCGGGGAGGAAGAGAUACGAGAUGAGAAAGCCCAGCUGAACCGUAAGGUGGACGGACUGGGAGAGAAGCUUCAUAACCGCACUUCCCAGCUGGAGGAGCUGUCCGGUCGUCUGAAGGAGUUUGAAGAAGGUAGACAAGCUGUGGAGAGGAGGCUGGAGGCUGCAAAGCACCAGAUUGAAGUCCAGGAAGCUUUAGGACCUCAGGCAUGUACCGCCAAAAGUUUGGAGCGGCUGAGAAGUCAGCAGGACAGUUUGAGGUCCUUGCAGCCUCAGGUAGUCUACCUCAGAGACCUGGCCCAGGGGCUGGUGCAGGACGCACCCCAGAGACCGGGAGGCAGCGCUGAGGGGGCACAGAGGCUUCAGGAGCACGCCAAGGACACAGAGAAAGACUUUGAAGGUGUUACUGACAAGAUCGAACAGUGCUGCUCCUCCCUGGAGUCUCGGCUGCAGGGCGUCGGCGAGGUCCAGUCUCACGUGCGGGAUGUCUUCUCACGAAUCGCCGACCUCGAUGAUGAACUGGACUCCCUCAGUCCGGUCGGACGUGACGCAGACUCCCUAGCAUCUCAAGCAGACGCCCUCAAGGGCUUCCUGUCCCGUGUGAGCAGCCUCAGGUCGGAGCUGGAGGGGCAUUCAUCUGAGUGCUCUACCAUGCUUCGCAGGGAGGGCUCCUCCCCCGACCUCCUGGCUCUCAGGAGGGAGACAGAGGCUCUGAACCGCCAGGCCGGAAAGCUGAGCGAGCGAGGCCAGGCCAGGCUGGAUCAGAUCGAUGACGCUGCAGAGAAGGUUCGAGAGUUCUACAGGCAGGUGGCCGAGCUGCAAGGCAUGCUGGGAAGGGCGGAAGAGGGGCUGAACGCGCAGGGCAUGGUCGGCACAGAGGUGGAGAUCAUCAAGCAGCAGCUGCAGGAGUUCAAGGCUGUGGAGAGAGAACAGGUGGACGGCAUUCAACCGAAGCUGCAGCACGUCAACGCAGUGGGUCAGGGUCUGAUCCAGAGCGCAGCCAAACAUACUGACACCCAGGCACUGGAGCACGACCUGGAGACCACCAACCUCCGAUGGAACUCACUCAACAAGCGGGUUGCAGAGCGGAUUGCCCAGUUACAGGAGGCCCUGUUACACUGCGGGAAAUUCCAGGAUGCUCUGGAGCCUCUACUCAGCUGGCUGAGCGACACCGAGGAGCUGGUGGCCAAUCAGAAGCCUCCGUCUGCCGAGUACCGUGUGGUCAAGGCUCAGAUCCAAGAACAAAAGCUCCUCCAGAGAUUAUUAGACGACCGCAGGCCGACAGUGGAGAUGAUCCGCGCUGAGGGAGAGAGGAUCGCAGUCACAGCGGACACUCAGGACAAAGAGAAGAUUCAAACCCAGCUGCAGAGUCUAGCAGUGAGGUGGACUGACCUUCUGGAUAAAGCCAGCAGCAGGCAGCGGCAGUUGGAGGAGCUGCAGGUUUUGGCUCUCCAGUUCCACGAAGCCCUGGAGCCACUGGGUGAAUGGCUGAGUACCACCGAGAGACGCCUGAGCUCCGCAGAGCCCAUGGGAACCCAGACGGCCAAGAUCACCCAGCAGAUCGUCAAGCACAAGGCAUUCCAAGAAGACGUGUCCUCACAUGAAGCUGAGGUUGACCGCCUCGAGUCCCUCAGCCAAUCGCUGACCCCGCUCAGCUGCGCCGCUGACCGUGACUGGUUAAGCGAGCGUGUGGGGGCGGUAAGAUCGGGUCACUCUGAGCUUGCUGGUUGGUGCUCCAGGCGGGCGGGCAUGCUGGAGCAGGCGCUGGCCAACGCUCAGCUGUUUGGGGAGGAUGAGGUAGAGGUGCUGAACUGGCUGGCAGAGGUGGGUCAGAGGCUGGCUCAGGUCUCUGUCCAGAGCUACCAGCCUCAGCUGCUGGCCAAGGAGCACAAACACGCACUGUCUCUAAACGAGGAGAUUGUGAGCAGGAAGAAGACAGUGGACCAGGCCAUCAAGAAUGGACAAGCUUUACUUAAACAGACCACAGGCGAGGAGGUUCUGCUGAUCCAGGAGAAGCUGGAUGGCAUCAAGUCUCGCUAUGCUGAGAUGACAGCCGGCAGCAGCAAGGCCCUCCGCACCCUGGAGCAGGCCCUGCAGCUCUCCACCAGAUUCGCCAGCGCUCACGACGACAUCAACCAGUGGCUGGACGGCGUGGAGGCGGAGCUCAACAAUGUGGAGCCUGACGCCGCGCCCGCCUACCAGGAAAGACAGAAGGAGCUGAAGAAAGUGUCGGCAGAGAAGCGGUUGGUGCUGGAUACGGUGAACGAGGUGGGAAGCGCCCUGUUGGAUCUGGUGCCGUGGCGAGCUCGCGAGGGCCUGGACCGUCUGGUCGCUGAUGCGAACCAGCGGUACCGCCAGGCUGCUGAAACCAUCACGCAACGUGUACAGCUGGUACAGGCCGCCAUCCAGAGAUCACAACAGUACGAGGAGGCGGUAGAUGCAGAGCUGGCCUGGGUCGGGGAGACGGAGCGCAAGUUGGCGUCUCUCGGACCCCUGAGCCUGGAGCCUGAUGUGACUGUGGCCCAGAUGCAGGUGCAGAGGGCCUUCAAUAUCGACAUCAUCCGUCACAAAGACACCGUGGAUCAGCUCCUCAGCACCAGAGACGACAUCCUGGAAACCUGCAGCGACGCCCAAAAGGAUGCGCUGAUGGUUAAGACAGAUUCUCUGAGUGCUCGUUACGAUGCAGUGAGCCAGAGCCAUAGCGAGCGGUUUGCAGCUCUGGAGCAGGCCCAGGUUUUGGUCGCUCGGUUCUGGGAGACUUACGAGGAGCUGGAGCCAUGGCUGGGCGAGACUGAAACCCUUAUCACCCAGCUGCCGCCACCAGCCAUCGACACAGACGCUCUGCGACUCCAGCAGGACCAGAUGAGGCUGCUCAGAGAGUCCAUCGCAGAGCACAAACCCCACAUCGACAAGCUGAUGAAGAUUGGACCCCAGCUGGCCGAGCUCAGCCACCACGAGGGCGCAAAUAUAACGCAGCGCUUCACCGAGGCGGAGAAACGUUACCUGGCCAUCAAAGAGGAGGUCAAGGGUCGUGCAACGGCCCUAGACGAGGCAGUGUCCCAAUCUGCACAGUUUCACGACAAGAUGGACCCCCUGUUGGAGACCUUGGAGGGGGCGGUUCAGCGGCUGAGGCAGCCUCCCCCAGUGGCUGCGGAGGUGGACAAGAUCAGGGAGCAGCUGGCGGAGCACCGGGGCCAGGGGCUGGAGCUGGACAAACUGCUUCCAAGCUUCUCCGCCCUCUGCACCCGCGGAGAGGAGCUCAUCGGCAGAGCUGCUCAUGACGAUCCUGCAGCUCAGGCUGUUCGCUCCCGUCUCCUGCGCCUCCGCUCUCUGUGGGAUGAGAUCCGUCAGCGGGCCGAGGAGAGGGAAGGAAAGCUGAACGAUGUCUUGGACCUGGCCGGGAAGUUCUGGGCCGACGUGGCGGCGCUACUGAGCACGCUCAGAGACUCCCAAGAUAUUGUGAAAGAGCUUGAGGACCCUGGUGUGGACCCAUCGCUCAUCAAACAACAGAUUGAGGCUGCUGAGGCCAUCAAGGCAGAGACGGACGGCCUGAGGGAGGAGCUGGAGUUCGUCAGGACCCUCGGGGCUGACCUCAUCUUUGCCUGCGGUGAAACUGAGAAACCUGAGGUCAAGAAGACCAUAGAUGAGAUGAAUGCUGCCUGGGAGGGCCUGAACCGAACAUGGAGAGAGAGGAUGGAGAGACUGGAGGAGGCCAUGACCGCCUCUGUGCAGUAUCAGGAUGCUCUGCAGUCCAUGUUUGACUACCUGGACAAUGCAGUGAUCAAACUGUGUGAGAUGUCGACGGUGGGAACUGACCUGGGAACUGUCAAACAGCAGAUUGAAGAGCUCAAGCAGUACAAGGUGGAGGUUUACCAGCAGCAGAUUGACAUGGAGAAGCUGUGCCACCAGGGGGAGCUACUGUUGAAGAAAGUGUCCGACCAGACGGACCGAGACAUGAUCCAGGAGCCGCUGACUGAACUCCGACACCUGUGGGAAAACCUGGGGGAUAAAAUCACCCAGAGACAGCACAAGCUGGAGGCUGCCCUGCUGGCUCUGGGUCAGUUCCAACAUGCCCUGUCUGAGCUGCAGGCCUGGCUGAACCACACACACACCACCCUGGACACACAGCGGCCAGUCAACUCUGAUCCCAAGGCCAUCGAAAUCGAGCUGGCUAAACACCACGUUUUACGUAACGAUGUGCUAUCCCAUCAUGCCACGGUGGAGACUGUGAACGGUGCUGGCACUGAGCUCCUGGAGUCUUCUCCUGGAGACGAGGCCAGCAUCCUGAGGGACCAGCUGGAUAAGCUCAGCCAGAGCUGGCAGAGCUUGCUGCUGAAGACCCAGGAGAGGCAGAAACUACUGGAGGCUGCGCUGCAUCAGGCGGAGGGUUUCCAUGGCGAGUUAGAGGAGUUCCUCCAGUGGCUGAGGAGGACGGAGAGCCAGCUGUCGGCUGCCAAACCGACAGGCGGCCUCCCUGAAACAGCCAGGGAGCAACUACAGCAACACAUGGAGCUCCAGGCCCAGCUGACCCAGCGAGGGGAACAGUACCACAAGCUGCUGGAUCAAGGAGAGUCCAUGCUGCUGGCUCGUGGAGGAGAGGAAGCGGGACCCGGUACCACCCAGACCCAGCAGAACCUCGCCAUGCUGCAGAACAAGUGGGCCAGCCUCAAUACCAAGAUGGAUGACCGCAGGGCAAAGCUGGAAGAAGCCGUUUCCUUGGCGACCGGUUUCCAGACCUCGCUGCAGGACACCAUCAACUGGCUGACUCAGGCUGAACAGACCCUGAACAUGGCCCAACCCCCCAGCCUCAUGUUGGACACCGUCCUCUUCCAGAUUGAUGAGCACAAGGUGUUUGUAAAUGAGGUGAACACCCACAGAGAGCAGGUCCUGGCUCUGGAGAAGGCCGGCUCUCAGCUUCGCUUCGCCAGCCUGAAACAGGACGUUGUUCUCAUCAAGAACCUGCUGCUCAGCGUCCAGGCUCGCUGGGACAAGCUGGUGCAAAGGUCACUGGACCGCGGCCGACACCUCGACGAGGCACGCAAACGCGCCAAACAGUUCCACGAAGCCUGGAGGAAGCUGACAGACUGGCUGGAAGAAGCCGAGAAAAGACUUGACUCAGAGCUGGAGAUCUCCAACGAGCCAGAUAAGAUCAAAAUACAACUGGCCAAACACAAGGAGUUUCAGAAAGCGUUGGGAUCAAAGCAGCCGGUUUACGACACGACAGUGAGGUCUGGGAGGGCCAUGAGGGACAAGGCUCAGCUGCCAGCAGACACACAGAAGCUCGACCACCUGGUGGGAGAAGUCCGUGACAAGUGGGACACCGUCUGUGGCAAGAGCGUGGAGAGACAACACAAGCUGGAGGAGGCUCUGCUGUUCUCAGGCCAGUUUGCGGAGGCUCUUCAGGCACUGGUGGACUGGUUAUACCGAGUGGAGCCUCAACUAGCUGAAGACCUGCCCGUCCAUGGAGAUCUUGAUCUUGUGUCCAACCUCAUGGACUCACAUAAGGCUUUCCAGAAAGAGAUGGGGAAGAGAACCAGCAGCGUUCAGGCUCUGAAGCGUUCUGCUCGGGAACUGAUGGAGACCGGCCGCGAUGACACAGCGUGGGUCAAAGUUCAGGUUCAAGAGCUGAGCAACCGCUGGGAUACAGUGUGCGCCCUGUCAGUCACCAAGCAGACCCGCCUCCAGGUGGCCCUCAAACAGGCGGAGGAAUUCCGUACAGCAGUCCAGAUGCUUUUGGAGUGGCUGUCGGAGGCGGAGCAGACCCUCCGUUUCCGUGGCGUGCUUCCCGAGGAGGCGGACACUCUGCAGGCGCUGCUGCACACGCAUCGUGACUUCAUGGGCACAGUGGAGGACAAGAGAACAGAUGUCAACAAGGCUGCUGGCAUGGGAGAGGGCAUCCUCACAGUGUGCCACCCUGACUCCAUCACCACCAUCAAACACUGGAUCACCAUCAUCAGGGCACGCUUUGAGGAGGUGCUGACAUGGGCAAAACAGCACGAGCAGCGGCUGGAGACGGCUCUGACCGAGGUGCUCAACAACGCCAACCUUCUGGAGGAGCUGUUGUCAUGGCUACAGUGGUCUGAGACCACACUGGUCCAGAGGGACACAGAGCCCCUCCCUCAGGACAUCCCACAACUCAAAGCACUCAUCACAGAACACCAGAUGUUUAUGGAAGAGAUGACGAGGAAGCAGCCAGACGUCGACAAAGUGACAAAGACCUACAAAAGAAAACCAGCUGAACCUCCCAGCAGCCUGGCUGAGAGGAGAGGAGCUCGAAAACAACAACAGCAACAGCAACAACAGCAGGCAGCCAUGCAGCUCUCAGGAGGAAAUCCGCGACUCAACCAGCUCUGUGCCAGGUGGCAGCAAGUGUGGCUGCUGGCUCUCGACCGCCAACGCAAGCUCAACGAUGGUCUGGACAGGCUGGAAGAGCUCAAGGAGUUUGCCAACUUUGACUUUGACGUGUGGAGGAAGAAGUACAUGCGCUGGAUGAACCAUAAAAAGUCUCGCGUCAUGGACUUCUUCAGACGCAUCGACAAGGAUCAAGAUGGAAAGAUCACACGGCAGGAGUUCAUCGACGGCAUCCUGGCCUCCAAGUUUCCCACCAGUAGGUUGGAGAUGACGGCGGUUGCAGACAUCUUCGACAGAGAUGGAGACGGCUACAUCGACUACUAUGAGUUUGUUGCUGCUCUGCACCCCAACAAAGACGCCUACAGACCCACCACUGAUGCUGAUAAGAUAGAGGAUGAGGUGACUCGGCAAGUCGCCCAGUGUAAAUGUGCCAAGAGGUUCCAGGUGGAGCAGAUAGGAGAGAACAAGUACCGGUUCUUCCUCGGAAACCAGUUCGGAGACUCUCAGCAGCUGCGUUUGGUGAGAAUUUUACGCAGCACGGUGAUGGUGAGAGUCGGAGGCGGUUGGAUGGCUCUGGAUGAGUUCCUGGUCAAAAAUGACCCGUGCAGAGCUCGUGGUCGCACCAACCUGGAGCUGAGGGAGAAGUUCAUCCUUCCAGAAGGAGCGUCUCAGGGUCUGGCCGCCUUCCGCUCCCGGGGCCGGCGCUCAAAGCCGGGCUCCCGCAACGCCUCGCCCACCCGCUCUUCCUCCUCGGCCUCGCACAGCGGCGCUUCCCUCCCUUCUGCCCCCUCCACCCCUGCCACACCGACAGCCUCGGCGUCAUCCAGGUCCUCCCAUACUCACUCGCGUGACUAUGCCAAGCCCUGGCUGGCACACAGUAAAACUCCAACGCCAACCAAGUGCCACUGCUGCCCAGAUCUCGGUCACAGCCACAUCACUCCUGGGCACGAGGGGGCGGCAUCAGGGUCCAAACUGAAGAGGCCGACCUUCCACUCGAGCAGAGGUUCGCUGACCGGAGAGAACGGAGGAACGUCGCUCAGCGGCAAACGAACCGAUCCAAAACGAGGAGCGUCUACAGCCAGCGGUCCGACCAGCAGAGCUGGCAGCCGAGCAGGAAGCAGAGCCAGCAGCCGCCGCGGCAGCGACGCUUCAGACGCAUCAGAGCUCCAGGACGCUCGCUCCGUCUGCUCUGACGCUUCAGACACACCGAGGCGACCUGGAAGUGGGGCCAAACCCUCCAAAAUCCCCACCAUCUCCAAGAAGGCCCCCAGCCCAAAGACCCCGGGAUCUGCUAAGAAAUAAAACCAGCCAGUGAGAGAGAGCGUGAGACCACAAAGACACUGGAGCAGAACCGUUACUCCUCCGUUUCACAGAGGAUGGGCUGCUAUUGUCGGUCAUCGUGGAUGAACCAGCUCGCCAAUCUGAACAUCCAUCCAUAGGGCUUGUGUAGAAUUUGUGCACUAUGACUGAUAUUUAACAGGGGAAAGGAGGAGAUGGAUAAGAUAAGAAGUGAAUCUCCUUCUCACUCUUUCCCCCUUUUUGUCAUGAACGGACUGAAAAACAAAGAGGAGAAUGAUUCUGAGUCUGUGGGGUCGAAACCGACUUUUUCCCCUUUAAGCAGCGACCUCAGUUUGCCUUCCAGUCUCCUGCUUCUUCUUUCAAAUGUUCCCCAUCAGCGUGGAACCAAACACCGACCGACUUGACGUGAUGCUGCCUUAUUUUGUGUUACACACUUCUGUCCCGAUCAGAGACGGAGCAACAAGAGAAAGUCUUUAAACUGUUCUUUUUUUCUUUUCUUUUUUUUUUUUGUUUUAACACAUUGACACACAAAAUACACACAUUUUAACAAAAGAGGCGGGGUAAGGAGUGGGACGCACCACCACCACGACUACAAAAACAAAAAAAGCUCAAAUGGCAUUCAGGAGAAAAAAAAAAAAAGAGAAAGAAUUGUGGGUUAUUAUUUUGGCUUGUGGGCCAGAUGCCUCAACGAUGAGUUAAAAAAGAAAAUAUGCAACGACUGCCAUGUCGCUUCCCCUGGACUGGUUGGCGAGAAAAAGAGUCACCUCAGCAGAUCUCUCUGGAGGCAGACACCACAUGUGGAGAGAGAGCUCAGGAGGCGGGAAACGCUGUCCCACACAAACACAGACACACACACAUAGACACACAUGCACGCACACACCGGCUGAACUCAAGACACAGAGGAUCGGUGGUGGUGACGGAGGCGGUCGUGGUGCUGCUGCAGCUGAGGGCAAACACUCACACAAUCAAGCACCGCAGAGCAGACUCCUCCCGACCGCUGGAACGUUAAGAUCAGGCUUGUGUGUGCAUUUCAGCAAAGGGCGGUGUGGUUUUGUCACAUGCCAGCGUAACAAUCCCGACACACAGAAAUCACAAACUGGCAAUGGAGAGAGGACUAUUUUUAUGGUGACACACUUAACUAACAGCACAUUACUGACAAUAUACGACAUGUGUAACCUAACCCCGAUGUUAAUGACCGUGUUCACGGAGUUCGACAACCAGCAUGCACUAAUUGUCUCUUCCUCUGCAGUUCCACCUUAACAUCUACACUGCGUUGCCCUUAGCAACCCAGCCGCACACACACACACACACACACACACACACACACACACACACACACACACUCACACGCACAUGAGGUGGUGUGUAUCGUGUGUCUUUGUCAAAUGUUACAGGAAAUUAUAGAGGUCAUUGACUUGAGUCACUGUAUGCAAAAUUUUAAUUUGCGAAUGUCUCUUCUUUUCUUUUUUUUUUCUUUCUUCUUGUUGUUUCCUGGUUAAUUUAUAAUCCAGUUGUACUUUUGUUUAUCUAGCUUGAAAAUAAAAAAAAUCUAUUUAUUUUUCAGUUUUCAUGUCCAUAUCACCAUUCGCAGAGAGUGAUUUUAGUAUUAUGGUUAAAGAAAUUUGUGAUUUUUUUUUUGUACCAUGAAAAAACGUCUGCUCCACUCUUCUGACAUUAUGUGUGUGUAACAGUGUGUUUCUACUUCAUUGUAACAUUACAUUACUCACUAGGUCGCUGAUUCUCGUGGCAGCCUUCUUUUUCGUUCUCUCUUUUUUUUUUUUUUUUUCUU